UGUCUUUGAAUAUUUAGAAUUCGACUAUUAAAAGAUGAAUACCCAUAACAUGAGAAGUAAUAAGAGAAAUUUGUCAGUGGACCUAAACAAGAUUCCUCCUAGAGAGUCUUCACAAGGAGAUCAACAUAUUCCCAUCAUUGAUAUUGGGGAAAGUGAUGAUGAUGUGAUUGAAACUUCACCCAGAUCUUUUGCCCAGGCUAUGACUAAUGCGAGGAGAACUCGUAGAAGGAGAGCAACUGAUUUGAAUUUUGAAAAUCAGGCUAUGACAACUUAUUUUAUGUACGACAUGAAUGGUCACAUAAUUCAACCAGUUGAUGAUAUUUAUAUAAAUUUGGAAGGCAUUAUCAAUGAGGAAAUCUCUAAGGCUCAGAAUGAAGCAGCUGAACCUCCAAAUGAGUCUGGAUUUAUUUGUCCAAUAUGCUUGGCUCCAUUUGUUGAGGAAAUGUCAACAAGAUGUGGCCAUAUUUUUUGCAAGAAGUGCAUUAAAACUGCAAUAUCUGCUAAGGGUACAUGUCCUACAUGUAGGAACAAGGUUACUUCAAGAGGUCUAAUAAGGGUGUUUCUUCCAACAAAAAAUUGAAGGAUUACUAAGCUUUGUUUGAGGAAAACUAGGACUGGAAAAAACUUCACUUUGCUAGUUUGGUGAUUGUUGAGUUAUUAUAAUAUUUCAAAUAUAUUUCAUGUAGCAUGCAUAUGCUUAAUUGUUAUGUACCUUGUUUCCUCAUUCAUUUGUCAUACCGUUACUAAAAGAUGUUUGUUGGUUACAAUUGGAUGCUCAUUUGGAUUUUUUAUUUACUUUUAUAUGACUCUUGAAUCUUGACA